AUGGAAUCUACUCAAGGUAAAAUUGACGUGGAAAAGUUUGAUGGUAAAGGAGACUUUGGGAUGUGGAAAUUCAAGAUGCAAAUGCAACUUGAAAAUCUGGGUUUGGAUUCUGUUCUGGUUGAGGAAGAGUCCAGCAGCAGCAGUGUACCUGAUAAUGGCAAGGCAGUUGACGGUGAAGCUAAGUCUACUGUUUCUCCGGUUGAUCCGCUGAAAAAGGAGAAAGACAAGAAGGCAAAGAAUCUGAUAUGCUCCUGCCUUACAAAUCUGGUCCUGCGCAAGGUAAUGAGAGAAACAACAGCUUUAGGUGUAUGGAAAGCUCUUGAAAAAGAUUAUCAAACCAAGACCUUACCAAACCGUAUCUACUUGAAGCAAAGGUUUGCAAGUUUUAAGAUGGAAGAGCACAAAAGCGUAGAGGAUAAUCUUGAUGUGUUUCUUAGGCUUGUAGAUGAUUUAGCAAGUUUGAACAUCAAUGUGAGUGAUGAGGAUCAAGCGGUGCAGAUUUUAUCAAGCUUACCUAAGCAAUAUGACUCACUAGUUCAUACACUCAAAUAUGGUAACGGGAAAGAAACGCUUACCUUGCAUGAGGUUACAACUUCUGCAUAUGCCAAGGAGGUUGAGCUCAAGGAAUCUGGGCUUCUUGGAAAGGCAAAGUCAGGUGCAGAAGCGUUGGUUGUGAGUAGAGGAAGGUCUAAGAAGAAGAGUUCUUGGCAGAACAGAGGUAGAUCUAAGAGCAAAGACACAAGGUCAAAAUCCAGACCAAAGAAUGGGACAAAGCCUAGAAAAUGUUGGACUUGUGGUGAAGAAGGUCAUUACAAGAAAGAUUGUCCUGAGCAAAAGAAUGGAAAACAAUCUAACUCUGCAAAUGUUGCUCAUGAGAAGGAGCAGCCUAUGAUCUUAACGGCAAGCAUACAAGGCAACGUGAAAGAAUGGGUCAUGGAUUCUGGAUGUACUUUCCACAUAACUCCAGAUAGAGAUGCUUUGUUUGACUUCAAGGAAGUUGAUGGUGGAAAAGUAACUAUGGGUAAUAAUACUUACAGCGAAGUCAAGGGAAUUGGAAAGCUUAAGAUCAUAAAUUCAGAAGGAGGUACAGUGAUUUUAACUGAUGUGAGAUACAUGCCAUCAAUGGGUAAAAAUCUCAUCUCUUAUGGCCAAUUGGAGAGGAAUGGGUGCAAAUAUGAAGGUAAAGAUUUCAUAGUUACAUUCUACAAAGGAGGUCAGAAAGUGUUUUCAGGGAAAUAUCAAGAUGGGCUGUACUAUUUGCAGGGAACGGUUGUGAAAGGAGAAGCAUCUGUCGUCAGGUCUGAAGUGAAUUUGACAAACAGAUGGCAUUCACGAUUAGGACAUAUGAGUCUUAAGAACAUGAAUCUUCUGGUCAAAGAAGGUUAUCUAGACUCUAAGGAAGUUCACACUUUGGAUUUCUGUGAAGAGUGUGUAUUCGGUAAAGCUCAUAAACAGAGUUUUUCAGAAGGUAAACAUACUACAAAAGGUAUUUUAGAAUACAUUCACAGUGAUCUAUGGGGCUCUCCAGCAAAUGAGCCAAGUAUGUCAGGAUGUAGAUACUUUCUUACAUUCAUCGAUGAUUACUCAAGAAAGGUAUGGAUCAGAUUUCAGAAGAGUAAAGAUGAGGUGUUUGAGAAUUUUUCAGAGUGGAAGGCACUUGUGGAAAAUCAGACGUGUAAGAGAAUUAAGUGUAUAAGGACAGACAAUGGUUUAGAGUUCUGCAAUAAUCAGAUGGAUAAGCUAUGCAAAGACUCAGGGAUUAAAAGGCAUAGAACAUGUACUUACACUCCGCAGCAAAAUGGAGUUUCUGAGAGGAUGAACAGGACAAUAGCAGAUAAGAUCAGAUGUAUGUUGGCAGAAACAGGAAUGGAGAAGAAAUUUUGGGCUGAGGCAGCUUCUACUGCGGUUUAUCUAAUAAACAGGUCACCAAAUGCAUCAUUGAAAUUCAAGAUUCCAGAAGAGGUUUGGUCAGGAUCAAAGGUUGAUUAUAGUCAUCUUAGACGGUUUGGAUGUGUUGCAUAUGUUCAUGUAAUGCAAGACAAGAUGAGUCCUAGAGCUGUUAAAGGAAUUUUCAUGGGUUAUCCAGUGCGUACUAAAGGUUACAGAGUUUGGAUACCUGAAGAUGAAAAAUGUACUAUUAGCAGAAAUGUAGUCUUUGAUGAGGAAAAGCUAUAUAAGGAACAUGAUCAAACGGAAGUGACUACAUCUACAAAGAAGAAAGUUACUUUCAGCACCAAGCUAAUUCAGGGACCAACUCCUAGUGAUUCGAUUCAGGGAUCUGCUGGUCAAGGUGGAGUAAUUUCUGAAAAUUCAGGUUCUACUGGUCAAGGUGGAGAAAUUUCAGAGAGUUCAGAAUCGGAAGAGGAUGAGGAAGAGGAAUCUGAGGAAGAAUUGGAAAAUCAGGAUGGGUCUCUUGAUGAUUACUUGCUGGCAAGAGACAGGGUGAGAAGAACGAUUAAACCACCAUCCAGGUUUGAAAGUUCAGACUUUGUAGCUUAUGCUUUAUCUGCUGCAGAAAGCAUAGAGCUAGAUGAACCUAAAACAGUUGCAGAAGCUAGGAGAAGUAAAGACUGGAAGAAGUGGAACCAGGCUAUGGUAGAGGAAAAACAAUCACUUGACAAGAACGAUACACUUGAGAUUGUUCCCAAGCCUAAGAAUCAGAAGAUAAUCGGGUGUAAAUGGAUCUUCACAUUAAAAGAUGGAAUUCCAGGGGUUCAAGAUCCUAGAUACAAGGCCAGACUUGUAGCUAAAGGUUUUACACAGGUUGAAGGAGUGGAUUACAAUGAAAUAUUUGCUCCGGUAGUCAAACAUGUAUCGAUCAGAAUCAUGUUGUCAGUUGUGGUUAAUUUCGAUCUGGAAUUGGAGCAAUUAGAUGUGAAAACUGCAUUCUUACAUGGUACACUUGAUGAGGUCAUCUACAUGAGUCAGCCAGAAGGGUUUAUAGAGAAGGGAAAUGAAGACAAAGUUUGUCUACUUAAGAAGUCUCUAUAUGAUUUAAAGCAGUCUCCUAGGCAAUGGAACCAGAGAUUUGACGAGUUCAUGAAAUCACAGGGGUUUCAAAGGAGCACAAGCGAUCCUUGUGUUUACACUAAAGGAUCAUGCAUUGAUGAUAUGAUUUAUCUCUUACUAUAUGUUGAUGACAUGCUUGUUGCAGCAAAGGAUAUGAAUAAGAUAAAAGUCUUAAAAUCAAGUUUAAGCAUGACGUUUGAGAUGAAGGAUCUAGGAUCAGCCACUAGGAUUCUUGGUAUGGAUAUCAUCAGGGACAGAAAGAAGGGUAUUCUAAAGCUGUCACAGGAAAGGUAUCUUAAGAAGGUUCUGAGAACAUUUAACAUGGAAGAUUGCAAGGCUGUUGUAAGUCCAUGUAACUCACAGUUCAAGCUUAAGAGUUUAACGCAGCAGGAAUUGAUAACAGAAUCAGGGUUAAUGGAUUCAGUUCCCUAUGCUAGUGCAGUUGGGAGUUUGAUGUACGCUAUGAUAGGUUCUAGGCCUGACUUAGCAUUUGCCAUUUGCUUAGUUAGCAGGUUUAUGGCAAAUCCUGGAAGGAUUCAUUGGGCUGCAGUUAAGUGGAUUCUGAGGUACUUACAGGGAGCUACAGGAACUUGUCUCACAUUCACGAAAUCAGAGAAGUUUGAAAUUGAGGGAUUUUCUGAUUCAGACUAUUCCGCAGACCUGGACAAAAGAAGGUCGGUAUCUGGCUAUGUGUUUAAGGUUGGGGGCAAUACGGUUAGUUGGAGAUCAUGUCUACAGCAAGUGGUUGCCCUAUCAACUACAGAGGCAGAAUAUAUGGCUCUAUCAGAAGCUACGAAGGAAGGUAUAUGGCUAAAGGGAUUAUGCAGUGAUAUGGGGUUUAAGGAAAAUCAAUUUAAACUCCAUUGUGACUCACAAAGCGCUAUAUGUCUAGCAAAGAACAGUGUGCACCAUGACAGAACAAAGCAUAUUGACAGGAGAUAUCACUUUAUCAGAGAUAUUGUCGAUGAAGGUUCAGUCAAAAUCCUAAAGGUUCACACUACCAAUAAUCCGGCAGAUAUGCUUACGAAGUGCUUACCUGGAAACAGCUUUGAGAAGUGUCUUGCGCUUCUCAAUGUCAUUCCAUAG